AUGGGUGAAAUUGAAGGAAUAUUUUAUAGCUUUUGCGAUUCAGUUAAAAAAGGAUCAAGGACGGGAACUGACAAGAUGAUCAAAAAGCUAUGUACGGAUUGCAAUCUUUACACAAAAGCUUUUAAUGCCAACAUUGUUGAUAUUGCAUUUAGAAAACACAUUGGCAACGCCAAGAAAGACGUCGACUUUCAAGAUUUCAUGAGGUUUAUCGAGGGGACUAUGGCAGAAGAGUAUGCUAAGCACAAAAAUAUGUCACCAGCUGAUGCAGCUCAAGAAAUUAAAGAUAAAAUAAUCAGUACAGGCGGACCAAAGGCUCACGGUGCUACGUCGGUUAGCAAAGAUGCUGCAACGUCCCGUCUUACAGAUGUGAAGAGUUAUACUGGAGCCCAUAAGGAGAGAUUUGAUUUGGAAACCGGUAAAGGCAAGGGGAUAGAAGGACGAGAAUACGUCAUGGAUGAAAAAGCUGCUUCUGGUUAUGUUGGUGGAUAUAAAGGAAAAGACAGCUACGACAAAACUCACUAA